GUGAAGUAUCAUUCAAGAGAAUUAUUUUUUUACUUUCAGAGAAGAAGUGCUGGUGUAAUGACUUCCUCUUCCCUUCACAGGAAGACACAGGCACGGGGUGUUUCAGUUUUAUUGUACAGGUAUUGUGAAGACUAAGAGCUAAACUGAAGAACACAUGCUGGUUGCACACAGUCUUCUCAGGUCCAUGCCGACUAUGGCAGGAGGGUAUCGAAGCUGGAAAUUUUGCUUCCUACUUUUAGGACUUUUGCACUUCACUCAAAGUUCCAUCUCUCCACGGACCACCUUCCUCCCAGGAAACCCAGGCAGAGUGUUAUCUCUGUACGAUGUCUCUGAUGCGCUGAACACCACAGUACUGCUGCUCAGUCCAGAUGCUACAACCCUGUUUGCUGGUGCUAGAAACGCUGUGCUUUCAUUGGACGUCAGUCAGCCUGAUGUCAUCACACUGAAAAGAAAGCAUGACUGGGCACCAAAGGAUGCUCGAGAUAGAUGUGGGACCGACCAGCUGAAGAAUUGUGCCAACUUCAUCCGCGUCUUGCAGUUCAUCAACUCUACUCAUCUGUACACCUGCGGGUCAUUUGCUCUCAAACCUCAUGACAUAAUCCUUACUGCAGAUACCCUGUCAGUCAGCAGGAUCACUCAGUCUGCUAAAGGUCGCUGUCCGUAUAAAGGAUCUGAGAGAAACACAGCUGUUUUUGUUGAUGGAGAGCUCUAUACCGCCACAACAAAUGACUAUAGUGGAAAUGAACCCAUUAUUUCACGCCAUUUCAGCAAAGAACCGAAAAAUGACCUCAGUCUUGAAAAGUUGCAGAACAUACUCAAUGAACCUACAUUCAUCAGCUCCUUCUACACCCCUAGUGAGGGGAAGGUGUUCUUAUUCUUCAGGGAGGACGAAGCAGAGUACAACUUUAUGCAACGAUUCACUGUAUCACGUGUGGCACAAGUUUGUAUAGAUGACAAUGGAGGGCAACGUGUCCUUCAGAAGCGCUGGACAACAUUUGCUAAGUCUCAGCUUGUGUGCCAAAGGGAGAAACAACUGCCCUUCAAUUUGCUCCAGGAUGUCGUGAUGGUGCCACCACCAGAAGGCGAAUCACCUGAUAAAACCCUGUUCUAUGGCAUAUUUACAUCUCAAUGGCUAUCUGGUCAGUCUGCAGUGUGUGCUUUUACACUAAGAGACAUUAAAGCAGUGUUCUCAGGAGACUACAAGACCUACAGUUCAAAAACCAACCAGUGGACAGUCACACCUAACACAGAUGCCAAACUGGGCAAAUGUGGGUUACAUAAUGGCAGUGACGACUUGCUGAACUUGGCGAAGAAGAACUUUCUGACUGCUAAGCCUGUGAAGUCUGUGGAUCAGAAGCAGCUUCUUACAGCCACAGAACAGCUAUACAGUCGAAUCACAGCUCAGAGAGUCCAGGCUGCUAAUGGCCACACCUAUACUGUCCUCUACCUGCUUACUGGGACUGGAUUCCUACAGAAGGCUGUACUGCUAAAAGACAGAGCCCAUAUUAUUGAAGAGAUUCAAGUUUUUAAGCAACCGCAGAUCCUUACAAGUAUACUUCUGUCUGCAACAAAGGGUAUGGUGUUCGUGGGCUUCUCUGAAGGUGUGAUAAGGGUCCCUGUGUCGAACUGCUCCUUCUACUCGAGUUGUGCAGAGUGUGUGCUGGCACGAGACCCAUUCUGCAGCUGGGACUCACAGGGGAAAGGCUGUGUUCCAGUCUCCAACAUGUAUUCCAGCUUACAUCAAGAUGUAGAGAAUGGGAGUGUUAAAGAGCAAUGUGAAGACUUGGAACAUCAGAAUGGCACACCUGUCCCAAAAGUGGUACGGGCUCAUCUUAACCGGUUGGUGAAGCUGCCGUGUCACUCAAGCUCCCGACUGGCAAAAGUAAGCUGGAGGUUUGCUAAUCACAGCACUGUGCCUCAGACCCGCUUCCUGCAGCAUGGAGACGGCAGCCUGGUCUUCCGUGCCACCCCCAGCAACGCCCUGGAGUUCCAGUGUGUUACUGAAGAGCAGGGAUUUCAGAAGAUUGAAGCGAUCUUCUCUCUGAAGGUGCAGGCUUCCCCGCAUUCCUACAUCACUGCACAGCAGCAUGGUGUAGAGUUGGAGCUGAUGCCUCAACCUCUUUUGGACAAAGACACACCUCAAAAGACCUACUAUAAUGAGAUGGUUGCGCUCUCCUUUCUGUUUGUUGUGGCUCUCUGUGUGAUCGCUGUCGGUGCAGUUCUGUGGAGGAAGAAGAGUCAAAAUAAACCUGUUACUGAAUAUGCAACUAAUGAAGAUUUCUCCAUUGAAAGGAGUGUUACAACACCUUAAAUAAAAGUAUUUAAUAGUUAAAAGAACCUAGAGAUUUACACAAACACACACACUGUAGUUACAUCUUAAAUUUACUGUCAUCUGACCAAUUGCAACAUGAACCAUGAUGCUCUAAUUUGGUCUUUGGUGGUCAGGGAUUUUAAAAAGCUGGUCCGCUAUGUGAAAACAUUACACUGUAAUGGUAAGCUAGUUUGUUAACCAGCUCCUGACUUGACUCUGUAUUGGUAGUGUACCUCAGUCUUGUUGGUCAACCAGCGUAGCUAUGCUAGGUUAUACUGGUUAUCUAGGUUGGUUGGUUUGAUCUUGCUUGUAAAAUAGCUUGAACAGCUUGGGCUGUUUCUAGAUUCUUUAAGAAUAAUAUCACCUGCUUACCUGUGUAAAAUAUUGCUUGUGUUCAUUGAUAUUACUUGUUUACUUAUGUUUAUCUAACUUAUACUAUGUUAUGCCUUGCAUUGUUUAUGUCAAGUAUUUCUUUAAAUAAGUUACCAGAUCAAGUAUUUUUGGAAUGCUGUAUAUAUUUUAUAUUAAACUAAUGGCAAAAAUA